UUUUUAUUCACUUCCGUCAUAACAAAUCAGCCUCAACCCAGUCUCUGGCAAUUCUCAUUUCUUCCCUUUCAAUGUCCUCUACAACAGACCAAAUCUUCAGUGACCAGAAACCGGAGCCUCAAAAUCUGCGGAAAACCUUCAGUAAGCUCAAAAAGUACACCUCUAAACUCGCCAAUUUCGCUCUCCAAUGGCAGGAUCUAGAGGACCAUUUCCUCUCGAUCAAAACCCAACUCCAAGAGCUCGAGAAAACCCUCAACAUCAAUUCCCUGCAAUCUUUCUCGCCCCAAAGAGAGAACCCACAAAGGGUAAUCGGAGGUGCCCUAACAAGACCCGCUGUUCAAGCUGAAAACAGAAACCCGGAAAGCAAAACCUUGAAUUGCGAAACGAAGCCACCUGUUGCUUCCCAAAAAGAAAACCUAGAAAGCAAAAAAAUUUGGAGGAGCCGGUCAAAGGACUCGGUUAUACCCAUAGAUAGCGGUAAGUCCUUGUUAUUGUACUUGAAUGAGCGUGUAAAAGAGCACGAGGUCUUGAAAAGUGAUGUAUACAAAGCCCUUAAAGGCGCGUCUCAUCCUGAGAAACUGGUACUUGAAGCUUUGAGAUUCUUCUAUCCAUCAGAUUCAAGAAAAGAUAAUCUGGGUAAGGAUGUAAGCAUUACAAGGAAAAGUUGCACGGUUUUACUUGAGGGAUUGAGUAGGUUGGGGCCAUUGGUGGGAUCCCAGGGUAGGGAAGAAGCUUUGAGAAUGGCUUUGGAGUGGGAAGAGAAAAUGAAGAAAUCUUUGGAGGUUUUGGGGUUUCUGAUGCUUGUGGCUGUUUUUGGGUUAGUGGAUGAAUUUGAUAAGGAGGGGAUGUUGAAGCAUUUUGAUAAUGUUGUGGUGCGUGAGCAGGCACCUGAAUUGUUUCGAGUUCUUGGAUUUGCAGAUGAAGCUCAUGACUUUAUCCAGAGGCUUAUUAGCAAGAAUAAGAUACUUGAAGCUGUUCCUUUCAUAUUUGCCUUUGGUCUAGUUGACAAGUUCCCUCCAGUUCCCCUGCUUAGAAUGCAUGCAGAGCGUGCUGAGAAGAAUUAUAAAAAGAUCUGCAGCAGGGGACGUAAUUCUUUAAAAGCGGUGGAUGAUGCUACAGGUACAGAAAUAGCUGCUCUGACAGGCAUUCUAAGAUUAAUAAAGAAAUAUGAGCUUCAUUCAGAGUACUCGCCUGAGCUCAUUAGGAAUCGCAUCCUUCAGCUUAAAAAGCAGAAAGAUGAGAAAAAAGCCGCAAGUUCUACUAAACCCGUGGUUCAGCUGCAGCUGCAGAUUGGAAAUAAACGAAAUGCUCCUGAUAAUCCACAACAAAAUCAUCAGGAUACAAAUAAGCGUCUCCGGACAGUGGCAACAUCAGUGCCUAGUUCAAAUAUUUCUGUCCAUGCGACAGCGAACUUGAAAGUAUCAUCUAAUUAUCAAGUGGCAGGAUUGCAAAGAAGCGAACCCCCAAUGCCCGGAAGAAUAAAACCGGCAACCAGCAUCACGAGUGCUUCUGUUAGUGCUACUUUGACCGGUCAGUCGACAAGGUUGUCUCACAUGCACACAGCUAGCUUAAGACCAGGGCAAGGUGCACAGCAAUUAGUCCACUCGUCCAGAGUCUAUAAUUUUCCGGGCACCCCUGUUACUGCACCUACGACCUUGUUUGAUGCCAGAGCAGGUUAUGCUCUUUGUACGGUUCCGAUGAGUUCAGUGCCUGGACAGUAUAGACCUAUUGGAUCUGCUCCUGUUAGCCAUCGCUAUACUUCAACAUUAGGUCCAUACCGUUCCAUGACCUCAACAUCUUUCGGACCAAAUAUGAGCACAUUAGGUGCUUCUUACCAUACAAACAUCAGAAAUGAGAACACUGGUCGACUUGGAUCGACUGGUUUCCCCUACAAAAAUUGGCAUGGCAUCUGAUUCAAUUUCAUGCAAUCACUGUUGAGAAUCUGGAACAGGGGGAAGAUCUGCAGGAACUUUAUAGGUGUGCAUUUUUUUUGUCAUUGAUGAUAUUUCUGGCUAACUUGUGAACCAACAUCAUUUAUUUCCUUUUAUACAGUACAUCUCUAAUCAACAGGUCUUGGCUUUCAAGGAGCCUUGGUGUAACUCAUAUGUGAAUCUUUUUCUUUUAAAUAAAAUUUUGGACUCUGACUCGUAUGUAA